AUGCAAGCUCAAGCGCAAAAACAACGAAGUUCAACGGUAACAUCACGUUCCACCGAUUCUAUGCUACUAUUGGCUACAAAUCAAGCAGAAAAAUGUUCACGUGAGCUACCGUAUACUCAACUAUCCGUAACUUUAGAUAGUAAUCAAAAUUAUAAAAAGUAUGAACCAGCAGUAACAAAUCCAACGAAGAAUCGACGAAAUUCAUUAGUUAUCGUGGAUACGGCAACUGUUAUACCAAACUAUUACAGUAUCCGGAAAGAGAUAAAACGAGAAUUAAAACUUAGUAAACAGGAUUUUGUUAACAAUAAUUUAAUCAGUCCUAUUGGUCCGCAAGCAAAGACACCGUUGUCACCAACACAUCGUGCUCAGAAACAACCAUUUGGUAGUAGUUGUGCGGUAAACAAUGAUAAUACUGCUGCCGCAACGGGUAUUACUGAUUCAACAAAUGAUAAGCAAACUUAUAAAUCCUGCAAGAAAAUUACCACUAAUUGUACCGCAAAAGCAUUGGUGCCAAAUGAUAAUGUAAAGAGGAGAACAGUGAUUCAGGCAUCUACGUCAGAAUUACUUCGUGGCCUUGGACAAUAUUUAUCAAAGCAAUGCCAUAUUCGACAUUUUGAGCCUGCUCAACUUGUUAUGUGGCUUAGGACCGUUGAUAGGGCACUUCUGCUACAGGGUUGGCAAGAUGUAGCAUUUAUUAAUCCGGCAAAUUUAGUCUUUGUUUAUAUGUUGGUGAAAAGUAUGGUGAGUAAUAAUGAAACGAUAAAAACGGUGGAAGAAUUGCAAUCGGUUGUGCUCACCUGUCUUUAUAUAAGUUAUAGUUAUGUUGGAAAUGAAAUUUCCUAUCCAUUGAAACCGUUUCUUGUUGACCAGGAUCGCGAUCGUUUCUGGGAUCGAUGUGUGCAAAUAGUAAAUGAACGAAGUGCUGAUAUGUUACGACUUAAUUCAUCAACAACUUAUUUUACUGAAGUAUUUGCUGAAUUAAAACAUUAUGCUUUAGAAUAA